GACAGUUCAUCGCGUUUACAUUACGAGUCCGCGUCUAUAUUUUAUUAAACUUGAAACGGAAUUAAAAACAUAAAAGGACAAGAUCGUUGUCUUUAAAUACAACACGAGUGUUUACAAAAUAUCUUAAUAUGUGCAGGUCGGUUUUUAUAUACAGGUUUACAUGUUUUUAAAUCGGUAUGAUCUCAUUUUAAUACGACAUAUGUGGAUUAAACUUUCUAUGGAUUAAUCUCAAGUCUCGUUUUGGAUUCAUUUACAAUCAUGGAUGGCUCAAAAGCCGAAGAGACCGCAUCAUCUUUUAACAAAACCAAAGACAUAAACAGGACCUAUGUGAUCACAUCGCUCACCAAAUGUGGCGAAAAUGCCCCCAAAUCAAUUUCACAUAGUGGGAGGCUCACUCUUCAACGAAAACCGAGCAGCAAAAUCACUUCAAACCAUCAGAAAGAAACUACACAGGAGAACCAAACCCCAGAGAAACGCCUGACACUCCAGAGAAGAACCAGGACUGGAUCCAUGACCAGAACCAAAGUCCUAUCUGAACCCAAUACAACACCAUCCACAGGGGUUAGAAGUUCAUCAAAAGAGAUCCAUAAAGCCAUCAACACACCUGGAAAAACAUUAAAAACUAGUUUGGAGAAGGCUGGUCCCACCCCAGUUGGAGUUAAAACAGUCUCAACACCUACACGAAGGACCCAGUUUGAGAAGUUGAGUAUAAAGCGAGAUGUUUUCGAGAAUUUGGCUGGUAAGGAAACACCUAGACCCGUAUCUCUAAAGCACACAGGUGUGGGAAGCCAUAAGGUACCACAGGUGAGCACAGAACCUGGGAGAUCAAGAUGUGGCACAACCAUUGGAAAGAUUCAGAUUGGUGGAUUAAAUAAGCACAUGACACCCACAUCACAGGUGAGGAGACCUACAACCCUAAUGAGCUCCACACCUCAUGGAGGAACGAGUGUUUUUAGACCCACUGGAGGAGAACCCAAUGCUCCUGUUGAAGUUGUGAGAAGAACCUCAAGUGAUCCACAAGAGCUGAAGAUGGAGAACAGCGCAGUCACCGUUGCUGUACGAGUAAGACCUUUUAGUACAAGAGAGAAGAAUGAGAAAGCCUGUCAGGUGAUCUUCGUGGACAACCAAGAUGUUCGAGUGCAGCAUCCGGACACCAAACAAAACCACAAGUUUACGUUUGACUUCUCGUUUUGCUCUGUCGAUGAAUCAGACACAAAUUUUGCCAGUCAAAAGAUGGUUUAUGAAAAAUUGGCACGGCCCUUGCUUGAAAGAGCAUUUGAAGGAUUUAACACGUGUCUUUUUGCCUACGGGCAAACGGGUUCUGGAAAGUCCUACACUAUGAUGGGUUUUGGGGAAGCUGGAGUUAUUCCCAGGUUUUGCGAAGAACUUUUCGCGAGAUUGUCCAAGACCGACACCAAAGAGGUCUCCUGCCACCUGGAGAUGAGCUACUUUGAGGUGUACAAUGAGAAGAUCCAUGAUUUGCUGGUGCCAAAGGAUGAACAAAAUCAGAAGAAAAUGCCUCUUCGUGUCAGAGAGCAUCCAGUUUAUGGGCCUUAUGUUGCAGACCUUUCCACGAAUGUGGUCACCUCCUAUGCUGAUAUUCAGACUUGGCUUGAGCUUGGAAACAAACAGAGAGCCACAGCUGCCACCGGCAUGAAUGAUAAAAGCUCCAGAUCUCACUCGGUUUUCACACUGGUCAUGACGCAGACUAAAACUGAGUUUGUGGAGGAGGAGGAACAUGAGCACUGCAUCACCAGCAGGAUAAACCUGGUGGAUUUAGCAGGAAGUGAGCGCUGUACUUCCGCCCAGACCAGCGGGGACCGGCUCAGGGAGGGAGCAAGUAUCAACAAAUCUCUGCUCACAUUGGGAAAGGUGAUCUCCUCACUUUCAGAACAGUCUCAGAGCAGAAAGAAAGUCUUCACUCCAUACAGAGAGUCAGUGCUCACGUGGUUAUUAAAAGAAAGUUUGGGUGGGAACUCCAAGACUGCCAUGAUUGCCACACUGAGUCCUGCGGCCAGUAACAUGGACGAGAGUUUGAGCACGUUGCGCUACGCACAGCAGGCCCGUAUGAUCAUUAACAUAGCCAAAGUCAACGAAGACACCAACGCCAAGCUGAUCCGAGAGCUGAAAGCCGAGGUUGAUAAACUUCGUGCGGCUCAGAUGAGCUCUCAGGGUGUCGAGCCAGAGAAAAUGAGACUUUUUCAGCAAGAGAUCACAGCUCUGAAGACUAAACUCUCUCAACAGGAGCGAGAAAUGGCUGAGGCUCACAGAACUUGGAAGGAAAAAUUGGAGGAGGCUGAAAAAAGAAAACGUGAAGAAACCAAAGAGUUGCAGCGGGCUGGCGUCACCUUUAAGGUGGAUAACCGCCUACCUAACCUUGUGAACCUGAAUGAGGAUCCGCAGCUGUCAGAGAUGUUGUUGUACAUGAUUAAAGAGGGCGAGACCAAGGUCGGCAAACUCAAGUCUGAGUUGAACCACGACAUACAGCUGUCUGGGGCUCUUAUCGCCGAUGAGCACUGUGUCAUCUCCAAUGUGAACGGUACCGUCAGCAUUAAGCCGAUGCCGAAUGCCAAGACCUACUUGAAUGGAAAUAUUGUGUCCGAGUGCACCGUGCUUCACCACGGGGAUCGCGUGAUUCUCGGAGGUGAUCACUACUUUCGUUUCAACCACCCAGCUGAAGUUCAAAGUGGCAAACGGGCGUCCUGUUGGAAUGCUGGAGAUGGUCAGAGGGACUUUGAAUUCGCCAAAAAUGAACUGCUGUCUGCCCAGAGGGCUCAACUCGAGGCAGAAAUUGAAGCGGCACGAUUGAAGGCCAAAGAGGAGAUGAUGCAGGGGAUCCAGGUGGCUAAAGAGAUGGCCCAACAGGAGCUGAGCGAGCAGAAGAUCCAGUAUGAGAAUCGGAUUAAAGCUCUGGAGAGAGAGCUGCAGGAGGAGAGUGUGAAGAAAAGAGAGCAAGAGCAGGAUAAACAGCGAGCCGUCAGUCAGAUCGAACAGCUUCAGACUGCUAAGAAUAUGCUAGAACAGGAAGUAAACGGCCAUAAGAAUCGCCUGCGGAUGGAGGCCCAGGCUACCAGACAGGCCAUGGCCGAUCAUGAUAUCCGGCAUGCUAAAAUUGUGGAGGCCCUUGAGGCAGAGAAGAGGAAGAUAGCUGAAGAUCUUGCUCAGAUCGAGAAGAAACGUGCUUUAAAAGUGAACCAAACGCCUAAAUCAGCUUUUCCUCAGUGGGACGCUAUGAAGCUGUCUUUGAUGAUUGAAGAAGCAAACAAAAUCAGCGGCAAGCUCAGGAAGCACACAGUUUUCAGCAGACACGAGGCAAAUGAUAAAGAAAAUGGUGGAGGUGGAGACGCCCUACUGCAGGUUCAAGUCCAGAACACUAAACUGGGGAUUUCCACUUUCUGGAGUCUGGAGAAGUUUCAGAGUAAUUUGGCCGGCAUGAGGGAACUUGAGCAGGGUGAGAGCAGCUCUAAAGAUGAUGACGUGUUUUACAACCCUAAUGAUGAGUGGGAACCGGACUUAUCUGCCUCUUCUUCAUCCUCCUCCUUCUCUCGUAGAAGGAGUAGAAGUUUAUUAAAGGGCAGGAGGAUUUCGGGCCGUCUCUAUGAGAUUCGAGUGCACCCCAUUCAAAGCUUACUUUGUGCUCCCUCACAGUCUACUGGAUUGAUGGGUAUGAGCAAGCCCCCCUCCUUCCAUUCCAGCACCUCUGACUCCGCCCUCCCGGCCAUCUGCAAGGAUCUGAUUGGCGUGUCCAUCGCCCGCCUGCGCUCCUGCCAAUCAACCGAGGAGGACGAAAGCUUGGCCGACAAACUGACCUUAGACCUGCUUGCCAUACACAUCGCCGUGAGAUCCAUCGCGGACCUCUACGAGCACCUCAAUGAUGACUGUCAGGAGAACUUGUUUGCCUGCAGUACCGAAGCCCAGACUCAUCUAGUGAAGGCCACCUCAGCCGUCGAAAGGGCCGUGUUUGUUACUAUGCACUGGGUCUCCAGCACGAAGCCAAGCUCAAAUGCAGCCUCUCAGGCAGCCGAAGAGCUCAAAAUGGAGGUCAAAAAAAUCGGAGGCUAUCUUCAAUUACUCAUUCAGGGCUGUGACUCUGAGAUCUCCUCAAUGGUAACAGAGGCCCAGAGGAAGGUUUCCAAGUGUCUGAACACGUCUCUCAGCACCAUCGGCUUGUUUGCGACAGUGAGCGGGACUGAUCUUCAUUUGACCGAACUUGGUUCAGAGAUGAUAGGCAGUAGGUCGAUUGUGGGUUCUUUGCAGGAUGGGAUGCGUCGUGGUGUGUCUGCACUUCUCGACACUGGUCUGUCCAUCACCAAACUGAUGCUUCGAGAUGCUCAGAUUGCUCAGCCUAGAACACAGAUUUUACAAAGUUUGAAAACCAGAAUGGUGGAGGUCGCCCUCGCUCUACAACGCUACAUCAACUGCAGUUUAUCGGAGAGCUCAGACUCCAUUGAAAAUAGUACAGGGCACAAUGAAGACACAGACAUGUACGGACUUCAAAACACUGCGUCUAAACUCCUUAAGCUAAACCAGGCCCUCACGGAUCUGCACUCCUCACUGUCUGGCUCCCUGAAGGGGAGAGGUAGCGACGCUGGCCUCAGUUCUUUUAGGCAAGCGGUCCAGUCUUCGUCCAAGACUAUUGAUGAUCUCAUCAAUGGUCUCCCGCGCCAAAUAAGAGGCGGACGUGUCGACAUUCUUCAACUUCCAUGCGUGAAGAGCACCGUUGCCGCCCGCGAUGACGUGCACUCAUCGCUCUGCGCUUUAAUGGGGGCGUGGGAUAAAAGCACGGAUGACAUGCGUUUGGUGGAUGCGGAUGAUUGUUUAACUAAAUCUGAGCUGCAAGAUGCUGGUUAUGGCAACAAAAAUCGAACUGUGCCUAAAGUUGUGUAUUCUCUAUCCUCAGGCAUUAGCACGUGUUCCAGAGAUGGCCGCUGGGUGUGAUUUGGGCCCUUACUAAUUGAAUGGGUACUAAUGAUGUAAAUAACCUAAUUGGGUGUAAUGUUUAAAAGCUAAAAUAAGCUCUUAUAUUCAGAAUGGAGCAUAUAAGAGCAAAUGUAUGUAUGAAUUUUGUAUGUAAUGUGCUGUCUGAAAAAUGUACAACAUGUAGAUUUAAUUUGAGUUGGUCAUGAGGUUUCAUUGAAGGGAUUAUUUGUAUAAUGUAUGAGGAUGGUGUCUGUAUACUUUGCAAACGACCAAGCACAAUUCUUUUGAUGGUUGAUAGUGAAAAUCUACAUUUAUGUCCAGAUUGGUUAAAAAUCACUCAGAAAACACUUUACUGUAGACUAUAUAUUUGCACUUGAAACUUUGCACAGGCUUGGUGGUAUUAAGUAGGCUUGGAAAUGUGUUUCUUGGCAGCUGUAGCCACAUUUUUUCUAAAUCAUGUAACUGUUUGAUGAUAAUUUAUACUUCAGUAAUAAACGCCGCUGGGACUCAGUCUUGUGUCCUUUUAAAUGACUCGAAACUCUUUCCAGGAGUUGUGCCUAAGGUUAUAAAAAUUAUGUCAUUUCAAUACUUAGCUAAUGGAAAGUAAUUGUUUCACUGCAUUCAUUUUUUUGCACAUCAAUUGAUGGAAAAUUGCUUACAAAAUAUGCAUCAUGUAUUUCUAUAAAGAUGUAUAAAUGUUUAACAUAC